AGUGAAUAAAAUAAAAAUUAAAAAGAACACAGGAAGAAGUAGAGGAGGAAAAACAAAAGGAAUGGCUGCGGCGGGGAUUCUCCUGAACAAUAUCUCACAAUCCCAGCUUCUGCGCCCAGCUUCUUCUUCUUCUUCUCCACGAAGCAGACCUGUUCGAGCCCUAGUCAUGGUCAAAGCCUCUUCAGAACCGUCGGAGACCGCUUCCGUGUCGACGAGCACCAAAGAGGAACCAGGAGCCGUGUUCGCUGCUCCCUCCGGAUUCAGUCCACCGGACCCGAAGCCCUUCGCCAUUAAAUCCGGAAAAACCUUGGACGUAUUGGGUGCUUCCCUCGGAUUGCUUUUCCGAUUCGCCACUGGGGUUUUCGUUUCUGGGUAUUCUGCGUCUUUUGUGUCCAAGGAUGAGAUUCCGGCCGACCAAUAUGCUUUAAAAUUAGGGGGUCGCGCGGUAAAGGAAACUGCAAAGUUGGGCCCUCGCCCGGAGAAACCUAUUGAGAUAUACGAGUUUGAGAGCUGCCCUUUCUGCCGGAAGGUUAGAGAAAUUGUUGCUGUUUUGGACCUCGACAUUCUGUUCUAUCCUUGCCCAAAAGGAGGUCCAAAUUUCCGUCCAAAGGUUGUUCAGAUGGGUGGAAAACAGCAGUUUCCUAUACAGGUUGACCCAAACACAGGAGUUGCCAUGUAUGAAUCAGACGAAAUCAUCAAGUAUCUGACCGAGAAAUACGGAGAUGGAAAUGUUCCUUUAAGUCUGUCACUUGGCCCCUUAACGACUAUAACAGCAGGCCUUUCAGCAAUUGGUCGUAUAGGAAAGGGCAGCUCUUACGUUCCAUCAAAGCUACCACCCAAGCCGCUUGAACUAUGGGCAUACGAGGGUUCCCCAUUCUGCAAGCUUGUGCGUGAGGUACUUGUUGAACUGGAGUUACCUCACAUUCAACGCAGCUGUGCCCGAGGCAGCCUCAAGCGGCAAACGUUGUACAAGAAAGCUGGACACUUUCAGGUUCCCUACCUAGAAGAUCCAAACACUGGUGUCCAAAUGUUUGAGAGUGCAGACAUCAUAGAGUAUCUCAAAGCAACUUAUGCUUCUGCCUAAAUCUCAUCCUCAGGAUAGGCGGAUAUACAUACAACCAUGUGUGUGUAGAGUUACAGUGUUGUUGAAUAUAGAUAUGUACCUGGCACUCUGAGCCAACUUACAUUUAUAGAUGUCAAAAUAGGUCAACCAACAAUAAUAAUAAAAAUAAAUGGGUUGUUAUAAAUAAAUGGUGGAGUUCACGGUUAUUGUUCAACCGUCAAGUACUAUUCAGCCUUCGAGGUAUUA